AUGGUGAAAGAUGAGCUGCUUCUGGUGGAUGGGUCGGAAAUGAGGCUCAAUGCUAAGACAGUGGAUGAUGAAGGAGGGGUCAAUACCUGGCAUGUCGAAGUAGGUCCAGGCAAAUACGUCGUUGUGCUCAAUCAGGAGGGCAACGGUGACCAGUAUUGGAAGUACGAACCACUGCACAAGGCUGCUCUAGCAGGAGACUGGGAAAAAGCCAAACGAAUCAUUGGUGGAGAUCGAGAUGCACUCGCAGCCAAGAUCACCCAAACAAAGGAGAUUGCACUCCACGUGGCAGUUGCAACAGGUAAGUCAAUCGAGUUCGUGAAGAAUUUGGUAGAUUUGAUGCCAGUGAAAAUGCUGGAACUGACUGAUUGUGAAGGUCACACUGUCCUCAACACUGCAGCCCGGUACGGCAACACAGAGGCUGCUAAAAUUUUAGUAGCCAAACACUCAGAUUUGUUAUACAUUCGCAACAAAAAAGAUUGGUUACCUCUCCAUAGGGCUGCUCAAAGUGCUCAUGAGGAAACCCUUUCAUAUUUAUUAAUGGUCACUAAACCUGAUCGCAAGACCAAAAAACCAAUUGAGAAUGAUUGGAAGCACAUGGCCCCCUUUGAAGAUGAUUCGGGUGUUGAGCUUCUUGUUCGUGUCAUAGCCUCUGGAUUCUACGGUAUAGCUUUGGAUUUGGUUACGAAACAUCCCCAGGUAGCUAAAUCAAGAUUUAAGCGUCGAUGUGCUUUGGGAGAAAUGGCUAAAAAAGUGUCCGCAUUCAAAAGUGGUAGUCAUUUCAAUCACUGGCAAAGCAUAAUAUAUCAUUAUGUUCCAGUGAAGGUGGAGAAAUCUGCCGAAUGCAGUGAAAGAGGUGACAUUGAGAAUCCAAGUAACACGUGUGGAGUGACAGCGCACAAGUACAAUUGGACUCGAUUUUUGGAGAGAAUGUUAUCAUUUUCUGCAAGGCAAAAAGUGAAGGCCAUGCUUUGGAGAGUCUUGGAAUUAUUAGUGCCUCCCAUUAAACACAUACGAGAGCAAAAAUUGAAGCACAAUCAAGCACUCCAACUAGUCACAUGCUUAUGUAAGCAAGUCAGAUCUUUAAAAGACUUGAAAGCUUAUAGAUCACUUGCUAGAUGUCCACUCCUUGAAGCAGCAAAGUUAGGGAUUCACGAGAUCAUAGAAGAGAUUGUGAAUUCGUUUCCUAGAGCAAUUUUUGCUAGAGACUCAGAAGAUCUAAACAUAUUUGAACUCGCAGUUAUACAGCGCCAAGAAAAUGUUUUCAACCUCUUGUAUCAAAUGGGAGAGUAUAAACAAUCUAGCACACGAGGGGUAGAUGAUAAGGGGAACACACUGCUACACUUGGUUGGAAACCAAGCACCUAUAGAGAAACUCAAUGUUGUUCCUGGAGCAGCUCUGCAGAUGCAACGUGAGUUACAAUGGUUUAAGGAAGUGGAGAAGUUUGUGAACCCUAGUUAUAUAGAAAUGCAAAAUGACCGUGGAGAAACUCCUUCAACAGUUUUCACCAAUAACCACAAGGAUUUAGUAGUUAAAGGAGAGAAAUGGAUGCAAAAUAGAGCGGCCUCAUGCACAAUUGCAGCAACACUCAUUACUGCUAUAGUAUUUGCUGCUGCAAUAACUGUUCCAGGUGGGAACAAUAACACAAGUGGACUUCCAAUUUUCUCCACAGAAAAAGCAUUUAUCAUUUUUGUAGUUUCGGAUGCAAUUGCUCUAUUCAUGUCCACCACUUCUCUUCUGAUAUUCUUGUCCAUCCUCACUUCGCGAUAUGCUGAAGAUGAUUUUCUCUAUGUUCUUCCCCAGAGGCUGAUUAUUGGCUUUGUUACAUUGUUCCUCUCCAUAACAAGCAUGAUUGUAGCCUUUAGCUCGACAAUCUGUCUUAUGUUGGGUGACAAGAACAGCUGGCUACUUGGUUUAGUUGUCACAUCAGCAUGUUUACCAAUUUCUUCUUUCAUGCUCCUACAGUUCCCCCUCCUUGUGGAUCUCAUGUCUUCAACAUAUGGACCUGGCAUUUUCGGCAAGCAAAGUAAUCAGUCUUUUUAUUAAGAUCAACAAGAAGAUGAAGAAUUCCAAGCAUAUAUCUGGUUUCAUCCAUUAUAACCAAUAAAUGGAUUAUGGUCCCUAAGUUUUCUUCUGUAAUAAAAACAUGUUGCAAUGUUCAACAUGAAAAAUAGUGUGACAAAUGAUAGUAACAUAUACAAGUGCAAUGGAUUUCGGAAAAAUGUUUGUUUUGAUUUAGAUUUUGAAAAAGAUUAAGAAUUGCCACUUGGUUUUAGGGUAAAUCAAGGAACCA